CGGGCCAAGAGCGAGGUGGGAAAGAGGCGUAACGGGAAGAAAAGGCUUGUUGGAGAAGUCCCUGACCACUUCCCGGCCCAGGGUUCGAGCCCUAGGAGACGCUGCCCAGUGGGCCCAGCUGGCGGCCAGCCUCCCUGAAAGGAGGGCGGCAGCUCUCUCUCUUCUCUGGCCGGGCCGGUAAAGGAGGAGGCAAAACCCCCGAGCUAAGUUGAAUUCUGCAGUUUCUACUUCUUCGAUUAGGAGAUUUCAGUACAUGCAGAUAAGGAAACAACUGAGACCAAGAAAAGUAAAGUGUCUCCCAUCAAACAUAAAUUCAUCCCUACGGUUCAUGUUUGGUUAAAAGGUGUUAGGUUUUUUCCUGAAGCUCUUCAUCCAGACUUCUUGGUAUUUCUGUGGGAUAUCAAUAGGUGUGUGAUGUCAAAGCAGGAGGCAGGGCUUGGGACCUCCCCCCCAGAAGACUAACAGCCGUCAUCAUGUGCCAGUAUGAAUGCUAACCGAGCAGCCUGCACUCCUCGCUGGAGCUGUCAGGGGAGGAGAAAGAAAGGAGGAGCCGAGCCUGCGAGAAGUCAAUGACUGAAUCUUCCAACUUCUUCACGGGACUGCUUGGACCUCAGUGACUGCAAAGCUGCUUGGAAAGAAAAACAGAUUUCUCCUCCUGGCUUCUUUCUGCCUUCAUUCUUGAAGUCUUGGGUGGUGUUGUGUGCGUGUCUGUGUGUCUGUGUGUGUGUAUGUGUGUUCACCCCUUGGAUUUCUGACUGUCCACUGCCUUGGACUCAAUAUGUGUCAUGUUAUUGUCACCUGUCGCUCAAUGCUGUGGACUCUCCUGAGCAUUGUUGUGGCUUUCGCAGAACUCAUUGCAUUCAUGAGUGCAGACUGGCUAAUUGGCACCGCCAAAUCCUCCAGCAACGUGGACACGGACAACAGGACCUGGGGCUCCCAACAGCCUUACCACCCAACCUUGGGCAUCUAUGCACGUUGUACCCGCAUCUCCCACAUACACCAUUCCAAUCGGGACACCCUCUGUGGUCCCUAUGCAGAGAACUUCAACGAGAUCGCCAGUGGCUUCUGGCAAGCCACCGCUAUUUUCCUAGCUGUUGGAAUCUUUAUUCUCUGUACGGUGGCAUUCAUAUCUGUCUUCACCAUGUGUGUGCAGAGCAUUAUGAAGAAAAGUAUUUUUAAUGUCUGUGGGCUGCUACAAGGGAUUGCAGGUCUGUUCCUUAUCCUAGGCUUGAUACUCUACCCUGCUGGUUGGGGUUCCCAGAAGGCAAUAAACUACUGUGGACAUUAUGCUUCUGCCUAUAAACUAGGAGAGUGCUCAUUAGGCUGGGCCUUCUACACGGCCAUUGGUGGCACUGUCCUGACAUUCAUCUGUGCCGUCCUCUCAGCACAAGCCGAGAUUGCCACGUCCAGUGACAAAGUACAAGAAGAAAUCGAAGAAGGGAAAAACCUGAUCUGCCUCCUUUAAUUUGAGAAAGAGAGAGAGAAGAGAUCAAAGCCUGUUCUUUCCUGAUUAACUUUGGAAAAGGAUCCACUUUCCUGUUUUCACUGAUUGUGACCGCCCAUGUGUCGUCAGGGGCCUGUUUCUACUGAAGCCAUCCUUCGUUCUCCCGGGUCUCUGAGGAACCGACAGGAAGAAACAGCCCAUGUCAGAGAAGCUGGACACAAGCCGCCAAUGGGGCAAGGUGGGGGAGGGAGUUUAGAAGCAUGUAAAUAGCAUAUAAACCAUGUUAAAUAGCUGACAAAUGCUGUCAUUGUUAGAUUGCAUCUUCCUGGGAGCCCCUGGAGGAUUCUGAGUUAAGUAAUAAAGCCAGUAAUCUUUAUUCUGGACAGGAUGAGACAGGAAACUAGCUUGGGGGUGUCACGAGGGUUCUCCUCUCUGUGUUUUGAGAGCAUCUUCUACCACAGGUUUAGGACCCUUGUACAAAGAACAUCCAUCAGAAUGAGUUGGGGGAUGGGGGAAGAUUAUUGUCUAAAAUGACUCCGAAUACAGCUUUACUGCCUGUUACAGAACACUUUGCUGGGUGAAAAUGAAACUAUACUCCAUUCCUGCAGGGGAGAAAACAUAGAGGUUAAAGGGGAAGCAGGCAAUUGUUACUGGGUCAAGGCACUCACCUUCCUUGGGUACCAUGCAAAGAACUGGAGGUGAUAUUAACCUUGGGGCUGCAGCCCUUUGUAAGCUCCUGCAUGGGAAGAUUCCUUGAGAUGAGGUACCUUCUUGGGUUAGCUGGACCAAGAGUCAUUCUGGGAUUGGAGAAACGGGGUAAUGAAGGUGCCAUCUUUGAUCUUUCCAACACUUUGAUGGCUCCAAGUUUCAUUCACCCCACGGACACUGACCCUUCUUUACACUUCAGGCUGUAGUAUUAGUGAGUGUCCAUGGCCAAAAUAAGAUCUCCUGCCCCAGCCUUCAGUGUCCAGACUUUUGGUCGGGUGCCUUUCUGGCCCUAGCUAGGCUGGUCCUUGACCAACAAACACAAAGUCUGUCACCAGGCCUCCACUUGAAGCCUUUCCAGCUUUGUAGGACCUACCGUGGCUUAAUUUUGAGAAAGAAUGCAAGGUCACCUCCACAUCUAGAAGCGUCAGAGUAGGGUUUAGGUGGUGGCCACCUCUAAAAUUAGAGAUACGUGCUCUUCUUUCCUGAACAUAGUCAAACAGGCUAGCCUGGUGGGUCCAGCAAGUCCUGAGGCUGUCCCAGUUUCUAGUUCAAAUGCAGAUCAUGUGUUUUUCUCCUGCUGUUAGGACUUGGCUUCAUUCAACUGCCAAAGGGAAGCUCAUUCCCUUUCCUCAUUCCAGAGACUGAUGUCCCAGGGCCAGCUGUGGCCCAUUCAGAUGCUUAACUACGAGGCCCUGCCAAAUUCUCAGCAUUUGUGGGGAGACAUUUUCCCACUGUUUGUUCACCACGUUGCUGUCAGCUGUAUUUCCAAAUCUAGCGGCGAUAACAGCAAUACAGUUACCACAACUGACAUUUUUUUAACAAACAAACAAAAAAAAAGACAGCUAGUCAUGUGACUUUAGUUUUUCUAGGCAUACAACUCUUCUGGAGGACAGACUUAAAGAAGAUGAAAUGACUGUAAUGAAGGAAUACUUCCCCAAAAGUUGUAGGUUUUAAGAGUCAGUGAAUCUGAAUCUGAAUGUGAAAACACCCUUUGGAUGCCCCCAUAUGUGCAGGGGUACAUGGACAAAUUCAGGAAGACUCCUUUCCUGUCUCUGGAAAAGUUCUGCCAACCUUGGAAAGUGCCAUGGGGACCAGAAAGCACACCUGUGUUCACAGCUUUAUCGUUCUGAUUGAUUCUGAACUUUAUUUUUUAAACCAUAUUCCUAAUACUCCUCUCGAAACUACAGUCCCUGGUUUACAGGCAUGAAGUCUUCAUUUAUGUUCCUUCAUGUUCAUGAAUUGGCCAAAUCUGGACAUCCAUAAUUUAGGAAAACAGGAUUUUUGUGAAAUUAGAUGAUGCUGUUACUUUUCUAAUGUUUCACAAAGCAUCUAAAAAUAUUUGUCAGUGAAAUCAAAUUGACUGCCAAAUCCCAAGAAAACCUUCAAAGAGACCAAUAGAGACGUGUCCUUCUUUUUGCUUUCUUACAGCAACCUUUCAGCUUUGAACACUGACUUGGCUGGAAACAACUAUAGCCCUAGUAGUCUGCUUAGGAGAAUGUUUUCCAUUCUGCUCAGCAAACCCAAUUCAUGUGUUUUUCUUUGGAUCUGUUGUAUUAGAAUACUUAGGAAAAUUCAUGAUCUUCUUGGGGGAUAGGUAUUCCUACUCCAAUUCCUCUUCAUGGUGUGAAGGUGACCCUUGAUUCUUGAAGUUCUAGCAUGUUGUAUCAAUUCAAUUUACUAAGCAUUAAGCUGCUAUUGUGUGCCAGGCACAAAGUCAAAAAAGAAAAUUGUUCUUGCUCGUAAGGACCUUCCAUUCUACCAGGCACAAAAUGCUUUGAGUACAGGCGCCAUGAUGGUCUGGGUAUUUCUAACUGCAGAGAUGAUCUUCACCAGAAGGCUGUGGAUAAUAAUAAGAGCGUUGGCUCUUGGGUCAAGCUAUGUUUGUGACCUUGGACAAGUCACACCCAACUGAUGGUGGACUUCAGUUUUCUCACCUGAAAAUUGAAGGGAUUAGAGUAGAUGGCUUCUAAGGUCCUUUCCAGCUCUAGAUCUAUGAUUUUAAUCAAGAGCUCCCAAAAUAAUUGAUUAGAAGUUAGGAUGGAGAGGAGACUCAGCACAUAGUGAAUCAAGUUUAAAAUGAUGAUCACUUCAAACAAUAAAUCAAAUUAAUAUCCAAAAUUACCAAGUAGAAUUUUCUUUCUAAUCACCCAAAAAGAUGGCAACGCAAAGAUCAUUGGAGUAAAGUAUGAGAAUAAUUCAAACAGAGGAAGGCCUUUUUUUGGGGGGGAAGGGAGAGGGUGAUUCCACUUUUUGUUCUAGCACUAAACUGCUAAAACACUGUGUCUCUAGCUUGAGAACGUCUUUCCAUUCUGUGAGGUCUCAGAGGAAAUACAAUAAAUUCUCAAGUUUCAUCCUAAGUAAUUCUACUCAGGUGGGAAAGAGUUCUGUGAAGGUUUCAUCCUAUUUCCUAUACCUCAUCACCCUCUGCUCUUCCUCUUCCAGCCUAUCCUCAGUAAGUUCCAGACUCAGCUGAGGGCCUAAGGAUUGAGCCAACCACCUGGGAGAUUUAAAUCUUUUGAACCUUUAGAAGUGCUCCAAAACAUGGGCUUUCCAAGAUUUUCUCAAGCAGCUCCCUUUAAAAACUGUGUAAUCACUACCGGGCUCUUGCCUUUCACCUAGUGAUUGCAAUCGCUUGUGAGUACACACACCUGCCAUAAUGCCAGGGGCUGCUAAAGCUUGGCUGCAGGUUAGCCUGACCUAACUCCAGGAACCCCUGUGAGCUAAAGGAUGGAGGUCGGCUCUGAAGCUGAGAAAGAAAGAAUAUUCAGGACUUCUGUUCUAACCACUAGUUCCCACUUUGACCAAAGUCCAAAGUAAGUGGAUUGUAAAUCCUGUGACGCAGAUGAAAAGGGAGAGGUGGGUAUUAAGCUUGGUGAUUCAGCUCUUUUUUUUGAAGAGUGGAUUCUCAUCUCAUUUUUGUUGUCUACACUAACAGCUUAGAAUCUUUAACAGCAUCUGUUAUCACGUAUAAUCCUAGGGUUAAAAAAGACUCUAGGGAGGACUGGGGUUCAAUCUCGUAUUAAUGUUCUGACUUUAAAGUUUCUAUGUAGGCACAUAACCCAGCUUCAUUGUCUGUUCAGUUAUCGCUUUUGGGGCAAAGUAUCACAGUUUUGUUCAUUAGGCAAAGGUCUUUUCUAGAUUCAGCAAGAAAAUGUUCCCACGCCCAUUUUUUCUCCUUCAUUUCAACCCUUAAGACAAGCUCAAUCUCUUUUUUGAAAUCCAGCUAAUUUAUAUGGGCUUAAAUAACUUCAAGAACCAAAAAGUUGCCUCUCUUUACAUCAUAUCAUCAUCACCUUCAUCUGUGUGGAUGUUGUCUUGGCUGUAAGAAUGCUGCUAUCCCUCCAGUUAUUCUCUUCCCAUCAGUUACAAGAUGUAAACAUUUGUGUCCAGAGCCAAAAGAAAAAUUAUUUUCAUUCCAUUAGUUGGACCUUGCAGGAUUUUCUUACAAACUACCAAGAAAAUGAAACCACUGAAAAACAUCCCACACACUGAAACUAACCACAUAACAGGAAGGAAAUCUACUUGGUGGAUAAAAAUGACACCAGACUGACGGCUCCACUAGACUGAAAGAGCAGGUAACGCAGCAUCCCUCUAUCCAUCCAUCCACCCACCACCAUGCAUCUCCUUCCACCAAAACUUACUGAAAAUUGUCUUGGCCUGGACUCGGGUUAUUCCAAAUAGCUGUUUAAAAACCACUCAAGAUGGAGACUGUGCAGGGAAGAAAUGCAGAUGUUAACUGUUCAUUUCUCAGCUCUUCCACUUUUCUAGCAGGUAUAAAAAAGAAAAAAAAGAUAGUUGCAAUAUUUCUAAUCCAUUUCAGCUGACCAUCUCAUAGUAUAUCAUUGAAAAUGUCAUGUGCUUAGACUAUUGCACCAGAAGAGUCCUAUUUAUUUUGCCUGUCUCCACUUCGGGCGAAUCUGUAAGGUGUCAUGAUGAUAUUGAGUGAACUGUGAGGCUUCUGAAAUGUUUGCCAGUGGUUCUGUGGAUUCUUUAAACCUGUGUGUUAACUCAACAGUGUGACAUAUUGACUCGGGGUGGGGGGAUAUUUUUAAUCAUUUUCAAUCUGUGGUUUGAUAAUCUUUUGUUAAACAUGUACUCAGUAAGUGUCAUAGUCCUUCUUUUGAAGUGUAGCAUAUUUAAUAUAUAUGUGCAUAUAUAUGCACAUGUAUGCACAUAUAUAUACAUACAGAAGUACAUGUGUAUAUAUAUAUAUAUAUAUACAUACAUACACAAGUCUGUGAGAGAUGUGCAAUAACAAAGGCAUAUGUUUUGUUUUUGAAAACUGGAGAAGAGUUGGAAAAGGGUUGGGGGGAGGGGGGAAUUCAUCCUGUUCAAAGCAAAGGAGAGUUAAGAAUGUGGGCUUUGGCCUCAUAAAUCUAUGGCAAUCCUAACGUGCUCUGUAAGCCAGAGAGAGAAAAUGAGAAGAAACUGUUGGUAUGAGUUUAAUCUCAAUCUAUAAAAUCACUAGACUUUUUUGGGUUUUGUUUUUUUUUGGAAAGUUAAGCCUGAGGAUCCAGGCCCAAUUUUUUGCUAGCCUUUAAUUUGAAAUGUGAAGCUGCCAAGCUGCUUUUAUGUCAGGCUAAUCUCUAGUAGCAAAUAUAUUAUAUAAAUAUGUAUAUAAUCACUGAGGAGCUUAUUUCUGAAUAUGCUUUUUUUUUACACUUAUCAUCUAUGUGGGACCACUGCUUCGAGGCUGUUUUCACACAUCUCUUCUUAGCCACACCAGUCUCGCUUUUUUGUGCAGGCAUUUCUGUGUAAUAACAGUGAGUGGAUUUUAUAAAAAUCCUAGACCUGUAGUUACACAUUUAUAUUUAGGAGCAAUAACUCUGUAAGACCAAAGGGAUGGAAGGCAAGACUGUUUUCUUUUGAGAUUGUGGUGAAACUAUCCAUUGGCCUGAGGUAUCAUGGGGGGCGGGGGCGAAGAAGGACCUCAGUGCUGGAUGGUAUUUGACAGCCACUUGAGCCAAAUCGAAAUAAAACUGUGCUGAUGGA